AUCUGCACGAUGGACGCGUCCUGCAAAAGCCCGUACGUGGAGCAGAACCACAUGCUCUGCAGCGGGAAGAAGACGGCCGCUGGCUUCAAGCCGCACUGGCUGCAGGGGGAGCAGCCGUGGUCUCAGAGGUUGUCGCACGAUCUCGCGGGUCCUUCCAAGAGGAUGCAGGAUUGAGCCGGCGGCCCCCGCACCGCUCCCCGACCACCACCGGAUGCUGUGGGAGGCGGUGCUGCUGCUGGCGCUCUCCGCUCUGGUUGUGGCUCUGGCGCGCUGGACCGCCCUGUCGGACCCAGAGGUGUGGAAGGAGUUCGUCGAGUGGGUGCGGCCCAAGCCGAUGAGGCGCCACCACAUCGGCGCCAAGCCCUACAGGGCACCGCCGUUGACCGGCAAGGUGUGGAGGACUCGCCCGCAG